AGUAAGCCACUGUUCAUAAUAGGUAGAGACAUGAUUCUUGUUGCUGUUGUGGGCAAAGACAAACUCGUGGUGUCCACUUCCUGCUCACUUCUCCACACAGCUGUUGAUCUUGUUAAUGAGACUAAGCUUGACCAGGAGAUCAAAUCCUGGCUUGCAUUUGCUGCCCAGAAAGUUGUUGAAGUGAAUGCAUUGGCCAAGGCAUUGGCUGGUCAGAAGGAUGAGGUAUUCUUCCCUGCCAAUGCUGCUGCUCAGGCUUCAAGGAAGUCCUCCCCGAGGGUUACCAAUGAGGCUGUGCAGAAGGCUGCUGCUGCUUUGAGGGGCUCAGACCACCGUCGUGCAACCAAUGUUAGUGCUAGGCUGGAUGCUCAGCAGAGGAAGCUUAACCUUCCAGUUCUCCCCACCACUACCAUCGGGUCCUUCCCUCAGACCUUGGAACUUAGGAGAGUUCGUCGUGAAUACAAGGCUAACAAGAUCUCUGAGGAUGAUUACGUUAAAGCCAUCAAGGAGGAAAUCAGAAAGGUUGUUGAACUCCAAGAAGAGCUUGAUAUUGAUGUCCUGGUUCAUGGUGAGCCAGAGAGAAACGAUAUGGUUGAGUACUUUGGUGAACAGUUGUCUGGUUUUGCCUUCACUGUUAAUGGUUGGGUACAAUCUUAUGGAUCUCGCUGCGUUAAGCCACCAAUUAUCUAUGGUGAUGUCAGCCGCCCCAAGCCAAUGACUGUCUUCUGGUCUUCUAUGGCUCAAAGCAUGACUGCCCGCCCAAUGAAGGGAAUGCUUACUGGUCCUGUCACCAUCUUGAACUGGUCUUUUGUCAGAAACGACCAACCCAGACACGAGACCUGCUACCAAAUUGCUUUGGCCAUCAAGGAUGAAGUGGAGGAUCUUGAGAAGGCAGGUAUCAAUGUCAUCCAAAUUGAUGAGGCUGCUCUGAGAGAAGGAUUGCCGCUUAGGAAGUCUGAGCAAGCCUUCUACUUGGACUGGGCUGUGCACUCCUUCAGGAUCACCAACUGUGGUGUCCAGGAUACCACCCAGAUCCACACCCACAUGUGCUAUUCCAACUUCAAUGACAUCAUCCACUCCAUCAUUGAUAUGGAUGCUGAUGUGAUUACUAUUGAGAACUCUCGUUCUGACGAGAAGCUCCUCUCAGUUUUCCGUGAGGGAGUCAAGUACGGUGCUGGAAUUGGCCCAGGUGUCUACGAUAUCCACUCUCCAAGAAUACCAUCGACUGAGGAGAUUGCUGACAGAAUCAACAAGAUGCUUGCUGUUCUUGAGUUCAACAUCUUGUGGGUUAAUCCUGACUGUGGACUCAAGACCCGCAAGUACGCUGAGGUGAAGCCAGCACUCAAGAACAUGGUUGCUGCCGCUAAGUUGCUCCGCGCCCAACUUGUCAGUGCCAAGUGAGAAGCUCAUUAGACCUUGGUGUUUACUUCCUUGUCUAUCAUUUCUUAUUCAAAAUUCAAAAGAAAAAAAAAAGGAUAAAACGAUCCCCCUUUCACCAUUUUAGGAACUGCGGUAAGGGAUAUCCCUUGAGUGAAAUUAAUUUCUCAUUUUGUUUUUUUCCUUUUGAAUUUGUCUUCUUUUUUUUUUUUUCUUUUUUUUUUUCUUUUUUUUGUCAUCUGUUUUGAAUUUGUUUUCUCUUUAUUUUUCGAAAUAUGCUUUCAAUAACUGAGAGGCACAUAGUCGAUUAGUGUAAUCUCUGUUGGAAUGAAAUGUUACUUUAAAU